CUCAAGAUUUUGUUCAAAAACUGCACAGUCAAGAUCGAUGGCUUCAGGAACAGCACUGAUUUAUGAUGAGGAAAUGACCACUCAUAAACUACUUUGGAGUGAUCCUGUGUGUGAUAUUGAAGUGCCAGAAAGACUGUCAUCCUCGUAUGAGCAGCUUAAACGUUACCAUCUCGUGGAAAGAUGUGUCCAUGUGCCUGCCAGAGAAGGAAGUGAGGAAGAGAUCCUGUUGGUUCACAGUUCAGAACACUUGGAAGUGGCUAAAAGCACCCAGACAAUGAGUGAAGAGGAACUGAAAAGAGUCUCUGGAAAUUAUGAUGCUUUUUUCUUUCAUCCGAACACUUACCACUGUGCCAGGCUAGCAGUAGGAGCGACUUUGCAGCUGGUAGAUGCUGUGAUGUCAGGAAAAGUGUGUAAUGGAAUGGCAUUAGUGAGACCUCCAGGUCACCACAGUCAGAGAAAUGCAGCUAAUGGGUUCUGUUUGUUCAACAAUGUUGCUAUUGCAGCAGAAUAUGCCAAACUGAAAUAUGGUCUACAGAGAAUCCUAGUUGUUGACUGGGAUGUGCACCAUGGGCAAGGAACUCAAUAUAUCUUUGAAGAGGAUCCAAGUGUUUUGUAUUUUUCCUGGCAUCGCUAUGAACAUCAGGAAUUCUGGCCAUCACUCAAAGAAUCUGAUUAUCAUGCUGUGGGUCUGGGAAAAGGAAAAGGUUUUAACAUAAAUUUGCCUUGGAAUAAGAUUGGGAUGGAAAAUUCAGAUUAUCUUGCUGCAUUUUUUCAUGUACUGCUUCCCAUGGCUUUUGAGUUUGAUCCCCAACUGGUUCUUGUCUCCUCUGGAUAUGAUUCUGGAAUUGGAGACCCUGAAGGUCAAAUGAAUGCCACUCCUGAGGUUUUUGCCCAUCUUACCCAUUUCCUGAAGCAGUUAGCUAAUGGAAAGCUGUGUGUCAUCCUAGAGGGUGGAUACCACUUAAAGUCAUUGUCUGAAUCAGUCUGCAUGACAGUAAAAACUUUGCUUGGAGAUCCUAUACCUCAAAUAACUGGAGAAAUGGCACCUUGCCUAAGUGCUGUUGAAUCUAUUCAAAAUGUGAGAGCAGCACAUAAACCAUACUGGAAAUGGUUGAUGUAUGAAGAUACAUCGUUCUUACAAAACUUGAGUACCAAAUCACACCCACUGAAGAAGGCUAAUCCAAGUUCCUCCACAGAACACAAAUCUGAGAUAACUAACGUCAAUGAAACUGCCCGAGUAGAAAGGUUUUUGGAAAUGCACAUGACAAAUGUUCUGUUUCCAGUGCCUCCUAUCAAAACAGCAACAACUGACUCUAAAGGUUCAACAUGUUUACACUCUGUUCAUUUGGUGAAGGAAAUGGACAAAACUGAACUGAAAGCUCUUGUCAGUGCUUUUUAUGCAGACCUUGUGAAAGAGGACAAAACUUUGCUCUCUCUUGGCAGUAUGUUGGCAAUCCUAGAUAAAAUACUUAAGAAGGAGGUAUGCAAUGGGAUUACAGAAUCACCCACAGCUGCUGUGUCUGCUACAGUUGCCCUAAGACAUUCUGUUCGGUUUGGAUUUCAAAGAGUACUUUGUAUAUUUGUUGGAGACAUGCAAAUCAUACCAAACACAGAAGACGGAAAAAUACUAACUAUACAUAUUUGUGAGAAAGAACAGACUGGAAGGAGCAGCUCCAAACACUAUAUUUCUCUGAACUGGAAAGAGGAUGCUGAAGGAAAUGACUUCUUUUCUGCUGUACUUGGAUUCAUUCUUCCUGUAGCAUAUAGUUAUCAACCAAACUUGACAGUAAUAGCUGUUGGACCAAACAGGAGCCUUGGAAUAAAUGGGAUUUCUCUGCUUUUUGCUUUACUACAAGGUUUAGCUGAGUCUCGAAUUUUUGCAGUGAUUGAGGACACAGAUACAAAUUUAAUGCAAAGUGAAGCCAAAAUAUUACUUGGUGCUUCUACACCUCACUUUGGCGUUUACGUACCUCCUACCCAAGAGAAAGUAAAUAAAAUGAAAAUAUUAAGAGACCAGUUUCAGAAGGAGUGGAAGAUGCUUCAGUGCUCAGUGAAGGAUGGGAUUUCAAGAUACUGACUUCAGAAUCAUUUUACAAAGCAGAAGAAAAAGAGAAUGUGUUGCUGUUCCUG